AUUGACAGAUUUUGUUUCCUCUUGCAUGCCGGCUCUUUGAGCAGUCACUUAUUACAAACAAGUUAACAAUGGUCGGCCUGUGGGCAUGAGUGCUUGCAGUGUUUGAUGGAAGCCUUUCUGAUUGAAAACAAUAGUGAACUGUCUCACCAGUCCCAAAGUAUCAGCUUUCCAGAGCCUUGAGGCGUAUAUUGUCAGCCAUAUAGUUCAUUAACCACUUAGAUCUUUAAUUAAACCCCCCUGUCUAAAGUUAACUCAUCAGAAAGAUGCCAAGAUUAGAAAAGCCGCCAGACCACAGAAUUCCAAAAAAGGUCAGCGACAGAGAGGGAGUGAAAAAGAGCAAGAGAAAAUGAGAGGAGAUGAAUGCUCACCUCUGAUUAGUCAUCAUGAUCCCACUAAAAUGACCUUCCGUCAGUGGGAGAAAAUAGUGCUGUGGGCGACCGGGUCUCAGAUGAGUUCCUCUGCAAAGAUGCUGCUGCUGCUGUAUCCCGUCGCCAUGUGCCCCUCGUCAACUAUUUAGACCUGCUAAAUAUUUCAUGAACUUUAAUAAUCCGAGAGAGGAGAUAAUGACUCAUUAACACAGUGCCUCAUUUGUCAUUUGUUCACCCAAAUUUAUCCAUUUUCAAAGCCCAGGGCAAUUUGGAUUUGGUUUAAUAAAUCUUAUAUUCUGCCAGAAGUAGACAUGUUCUAAGCCAUAAUGUCAUGACAGUGUAAAACCCCAAAAGAAUAGCAGGCAACAGCUGCUAACAGAAUGUCUUUACACAGUGUUACUUAACUGUUUUGCACAGCUAAAAUAACUGGAAGUGAAUAACAUGGAAGUCUUACAUUAAAAUAAGGUGGAUAGUGUUGGAAAAAAAGAAUUGUUUUUAUUUUUGUUUUAUAUAAUGAGUUCAAGUUUCAGAUUAGUUUUAGUGUGUUUCACUUGUUCAAAGUUAGAAACUGUUUACCCUUUGUUUUAACAUUCGUCGUUUCCACAAAAAUCUUGCUGUGAUUUUAUGUUUCAUUGGUUGUUUAUGUGAGUCUGAUGGUUGAUUCAUAUAACAGAGUGAUUCAUUUGCUCCAUAGGAAUUAAACACAUAUUUAAUGUUGCUUCAAUUUUACAUGCAAAUAUUUGUUGAGUGAACGAUAAUAAUACCAUAAUUUUACCCAUAUUCUGUCAUUUUAUUUUCACUAACUUUAUACUUUUUCUUCACGAUUCAUGGUCAUGUAGUUCUUCACAUGAAAUCUGAUGGCUUCAACAGAAACACACCAUUGAUUAUUAACCCCGGAGCUCAAUGUAAAAGUCUGUUUUGAAAGUUUUAUUUAUUUCUCAAUGGAGAAAAUGAAUGGGAACUUGUCCUGCGAGACCAUGUGAUGCCAUUUUAAUUAACAAAUGUCUUAAUUAAUGAUAAUAGUUUUUGUUAAUGAUACAGUCUUGCUUAAUACUCUUGAUGUUUCAAUACUUGAGGCAGAGGAAAUGAGAAAGAUGUGAAAUGGUGCAAUUCAAGUCUGCAUAACUGCUUCACAUUAAUCUUGUCAAGAGACCUGCUGUACACCAUACAUUUCUGUUUUUGAUCGCUGCUGCUAAUCUAUAAAGCAUGAAUCUAUUUUAAUGGCUCUUCACCCACCUUGUCCACAGAGAGGUAGAAAGAUGGGGAAACACAACAGCAAGCUUGCUCCUGAGGUGCUAGAUGACUUGACCAAGAGUACAGAGUUCAACGAAGCUGAGCUGAAGCAGUGGUAUAAGGGCUUCCUGAAGGACUGUCCGUCUGGCAUCCUCAAUCUGGAAGAGUUCCAGCAACUCUAUGUCAAGUUCUUUCCUUAUGGCGACGCUUCAAAAUUCGCCCAGCAUGCCUUUCGGACAUUUGACAAAAACGGUGACGGUACCAUUGACUUCAGGGAGUUCAUCUGCGCGCUCUCCAUCACUUCCAGGGGAAGCUUUGAACAGAAACUCAACUGGGCCUUCAACAUGUACGACCUGGACGGAGACGGCAAGAUCACACGUAUGGAAAUGCUGGAGAUCAUUGAGGCAAUCUAUAAGAUGGUUGGCACAGUGAUCAUGAUGCGUAUGAACGAGGACGGGCUGACCCCACAGCAGCGUGUGGACAAAAUCUUCAGCAAGAUGGACAAGGAUCACAACGACGAGAUCACGCUGGAGGAGUUCAAAGAGGCGGCCAAGAGCGACCCCUCCAUUGUUCUUUUAUUGCAGUGUGACAUGCAGAAGUAAGGAAGGAGAGGAAAAAGAGGAGUGUAAGGGUGUAGGGAGGGGGGGAGAACCAUGUACAGACUUCUAGAGAGAUCUAGGUAACAGAUAAUGAGAGAAAAUGUACAUACAGUUGAACAUAAGUUAGACUGCGUGAUAAUCUUGGCAAUGCUGAGGGAAUGCUUAUGGCCAUUUGGAUUGAUUAGUGAAAGUAAUGCAAGAGAGAGUCUCUUCAAGUCCGUAUCACUUAUUACACAUUCUGUCUGCUUUCCAGCCUCAAGAGUCAGAAAGUUUGAUAGAUUGAAUCCUUAAUACAAGACAUUUCUUUCCUCGAAAAGUUUGCUGUUGAGCCAACAGACAGGCAUUUAGCACUCUUUUUAGGAUUAAAAACAUAUUUGAACAAUUUAAUUUAAUAAUUAAUUAAUGAUUUAAUAAUCAUUUAAUUCUGAUUCAUUUUAAUGCAUUUUAAACCUUUUUUUUUUUUUUUUUUUUUUACAGAAAAAAAGGUAAAGGAUUUUAUCAUUUUUAGGCCUGAAAUUAUAUGUUAGGGAUAAACGAUAUAUUGGAACUAAAUACACUUGAAAGAAAAAAUAUGGUGUAGAAAAAUUUUUUUUUUUUUAGUAAAUUUCACAAAUAAUUACAAAGAAAUGGAAAACAAGACAUGAAUUAAACAUGACAUUUUGAAGUAGAAAGACAUGCAUGAAAAAAAAGUACAAAAUUAUUUACAGUGUACUGUAUUUAUUUAAAUUCUGAAGUGAAUCUUUAAAAAAACAAGUAAUUUAAUAAGAAUGUUUAAUGUAAUCUUUAGCAAAUCUCAAAAUGAAUUUUCAUUUUUCCAUUUGAACUUUUUUUUUUUUAUAGAAAAAAAUUUAUGUAUUAGUCAUUUAUCUACAGAAGCAGUGUCGAGAUCACAAGAACACAAGAAAGAGGGCUUCCAUAAAUUAUCAGUGAUUGCACAUAACAAUAAUUAUCUGCUUAAUUGGUAUCAGCCAAAUGUUUGUACCAUUCAUAUUUUUUUAUAUAUAUUUAUGUUUGUUUGUUUUUCUCCAGACUGAAAGUGACAGAACAGCAACAUGCAUAGUUACAGGUUGUGCCAGAGGAAGAGUAUUACAGAAUGUAUUGUAGAAAACACAGAGAGUUCAGGGCAGGACUGAAUCCUUUGACAUUUGUGGAUGCCUUCAGAUGCAGCGCUUUACCCCACUAGAUAACACUCCAGCCACUAAUACUCUCACAUCAGUGGAGUCUGAAUGCAUUGCCAUAAUCUGAUGAUACCAUCACGAAGCAUAGCCUUCUAAUUGUUAUUGGCCGAGAUAAAACUGAAAAGCCAUGGCUGAGUAAAGGGAUGCUAUUACAUAACAGGUCAUGCCAGAAAAUGAGGAGUAGCAUUUAUUAGCUAGAGAACUGACAAUAUAUGUACAUGAUGACAUUUUGUACAUAAUGAAUAUACACAUGCUUAAUAUGUACAUGUAAAUGUUUCUCUACCUAGAACUGCUUUCAUAAUCUGACACAGCUGCAAUGAUUUGUGUGCUAACACAAAACACCUUACGUAUGUGUGUCUGUCUGUGGAAGAGGAAACUAAUGUGUGCAUUUUCUUCCUUAUAAUCUGGUGUAAAAGCUGCAGUGUGUGAGUGUGCGAGUUCACGUAACAGAACACAAAUGCCUCAAUCUUUGUAUUAAUUCUUUCCUAUGAAUUCACGCCAGUGCUAGGAGUAUUACGCUGUCGUGUUGUGGCUGGUGAGUGUUUUUUACUUUAUUUUAUUUUUUUGUCAUGAGAGUUUUAGUUUAAUUUAGUCUUCAUAAGUUCAUCUCUUAUUACACAAGCUUUGCAGAUGACACCAAGAGGAUUUUAAUUGUAUGAAUAUUGUCGAUGUUAAACUACCUUUCUUUACUCUUGUAAUAUAAGUGGACACAAAUGUAAACCAGAUGUAGAAUGUUUAGUUCUUGUCUAUGUUACUAGGCCGUGAUACUUACUAACAUGAGAACACUGCUGCACUAUGUAGUGAGUAGAGAGAAUACAGCUUUAGUUUUAGACUGCCUCCCUGUGGUGAAAGAUGUUAAUUAACCUGGCUUAAUUAACUUCAGCAGCUAGAUUUCACUCAGAACCAGGGCUGUCAGUUUCGCUAUAGUCUCUUCAUAGGGCCCAAGGGAAUAUUAAAUAUUUGAAUUUUAGCAGCAAGCCCCUUGAAAGGAAUAUCUUACAAUUUUCAAAAAUUUCUGGUUUGGUUCCUUACAUCACUUGCUUAUCAAUGGAUCCUCUGCAGUGAAUGGGUGCCGUCAGAGUGAGAGUCCAAACAGCUGAUAAAGACAUCACAAUAAUCUGCAAGUAAGCCACAUGACUCCAGUCUACCAAUUAAUGUCUUGUGAAGAGAAAAGAUGAGUGUUCAUAAAAAAACUAUUCAAUCAUUAAGGCAUUUUCACUUUAAGCCAUUGUCUCUGGCCAAAAUAUGAGUCUAUCAUUUGCAAUAAUGCUUCAUUCAGUUCACGGCACAGGAUCCAUUUGGUGAGCAAGUGAUGUAAUGCUAAAUUUAUCCAAAUCUCUCCUUUAAAACCUAAAUAUACUUUUAAACACAAUAAGGAGGGUCUUACUGGAACAUUGUGCUACAAAAAAGCAAUGAUUAUUUGUAUUUCGACAUCUUUUUAGCUUUCUCCAAUUAACUUAUUUUUCAGUAGGGAAAGGCUCUAGCAAUAUUAACUCUGCAAUUCAUUUUGCAGCAUAUCCUGUGAUGUUACAUCUUCAGUAACAGCAGCUUAAGCUUUUUUUUCAUUACCCGCUUACAAGCACUUUGUCACAACUGCUUUUACACUACUCAUAAUCUUGUGAAAUCCUUGUGGAAUGUGUUUCCUGUCAUUUACACACCCCUAGUCAUGAGCAGCAAGUGUAAUCACUUUCUUAUGUCACAUGGUAGAUUGCUUUAUACUGAACUGUGCUGCCCCUUGUGAUAAAGAAGCGUGCUUAAUUGUACUGAAUGUGCUCUUGCAGUGUACUUCAAAUCUUAAAAGUAUAUAUAAAAAAAUGCAGAUUAUAUGAAUAAAUUAAAAGGCCACUUAAGUGUACUUAAAGAGUCCAAAAUAUUUCUUAACAAACUUAAGUACACUUUGUCAUCAUGUCAAGUUAAAAGUUUAAAAGUACAUUUUAAAUCAUGAUAUUAAUAAACUUCUGUCAUGCUCUGAAGAUGUACACUUAUUUUGAUGUGUUGAUUAACAUACCAAAGCACAUGUAAACUACAUGGUUAAAAUAUUUAAAAUGUACUAAACUGCAAUUUCAUCAUAACGUUUGUUUUAAAUACAUGACAUACAAUUUCAAAAGAAACAACAUUAAAGUAUAUUUGACUUUACUAUACAUAAUUACAUACAUAAUACAAAUAUGUACAAUACUUAAGUCCUACUUAAGUAGGUCAAAUAAUUCACUCUAAAGUUCAGCUAAUUCCAUUUACCAUUAAUUAAAAACACAAUACGUUUUCAUUUAAUUGCAAUUAACAUGCAAUUAAGUGUCCAAAAACAUUACAUUUGGUUCACACUUAAGUAUAUUCUUUAAAGUAUAUUAAUUACUCUUUAUAAAAGUAUGCUAAAGUGUGCUUCAUUUUCACAAGGGACAAUAAAAUUUAAUUUGACACUGUCACUGAAUUUUAUCUACCACCACAAUUCAGAACCAUGCGUUACCCAAUGUAUGUUCUGCAAUCUUUCAGACUGACCUCUGACUGUCUGAUCACUGUGAUUAGAUUACAUAAAUGCAGUAAUGGUCAUGGGUAAUGAUUAUGGGAAGUGCAAAAGGGGCCUUGUGGAUGUUGUGCAAUGUACUUAUCUGCCACUAUAUUUACUCAUGCCACUGCUAUAGUUCAGUGUGAGUAUUUCUGUGCCAAAGACAUCAAAUUGAAUAAUAAAUAAAACAUAUAUGUAAACACAGACGCACAACUAUGUUGCGAACAUGCAGCCAAUAAUUAAACAUGUAUUUUGAUUGCAUUACCAUUUAUAAUACAAAUUAAUCAUUUAAUGUAAGUUGGUCACAUGUGUAACCUUCCACUGCAAAUUCUGAUUAUGUCCCAGAACAAUAACACUGAAAAGGGAGUAACUGUGUCCAGCUGUGCAAUGCAAUGCUUUCUGUACUGUAUGUGUGCUGUGCAUUUCUAAAUGUCUGGUUUCUGUUCACCUUUUCAAUAUCGUAAAGCUUCUGGAACAAAGAUGUGUAAUUAUUUUUGUUACAUAGAGAAUUAAAUAUGUGGAUGUCUACUGAA